AUGUUAGCGAAUGGGAAAAGGCAGAAAUUACCGCAAUCGGAAGAUACCAUUCCAUUAACAUCAUCAAAAAUGGACGAAAGGGAAGAACGAAUUAGCUUUCGUUUCAAGUGUUUCGUUAUUGUUCAAAUGAUUUUCAUUUGGACAAGCUAUACAGUGAUGGUGAGAUAUUCUCGUUCAGCUACACCUAAACAUUUGUGUUUGAAAAAGGAGUAUUUUGGGAAGCCAAAAGAUCUACUAAAAAUGGCUUUUCCCUCAAUUGCUUAUGCACUUCAAAAUAAUCUUGACUUUGUGGCAUUGUCAAAUUUGAAUGCGGGUAUCUAUCAUAUUACUACUCAACUUAAAGUGGUCAGUACGGCUAUUUUUAUGAUAAUUAUCCUUGGACGACGAUUCUCGUUUACACGAUGGCUUGCAAUUUUUUUGCUUUUCAGCGGUGUUGCUGCUGUAGAGCUUAGCAUAAAAGAAAGAAAUGUCAUGAAAAACGAUGAAAAUUACAUGGUUGGACUGGGCGCUGUAUUACUUACAUGUGUGACAGCAGGCUUUGCUGGUGUAUACUUUGAAUAUUUGCUUAAAGACGGCAGUGAAACACCGUUCUGGAUCCGGAAUCUUCAAAUGUAUAGCUGUGGCCUAGUGAGUGCAGGGUCAGGAUGCAUUCUUUCUGAAUGGGACGGCAUUUUGGCUAAAGGAUUUUUUUACGGCUAUAAUAUUAAUGUCAUUGCUAUCAUUCUAUUUUUAAGUUUAGGAGGGAUUUACAUAUCAUUGGUGGUGAGAUAUCUGGAUAACCUAUGUAAAAGUUUUGCCUCAGCAGUGAGUAUCAUUUUGGUUAUUAUGAUUUCCUACUUCAUAUUUCACGACAUGCAAUUGAAUUUGAUAUUUAUUAUUGGUUCCGUAACUGUUUGCGGAGCCAUAUUGUUGUAUAGUUCGGUACCGGAAUGA